AUGGUGCUUAUAGAAGAAACGUGGGGAGAAUUCGAUGUACAAUUAGCUGUAUCAUUGGGAGGAAAUUCAACUUCAGAAAUUUUCUAUGAAAGAUUAAAUAAUUUAACAGGUUUAAAUGAGUACUAUGCAUAUUGCGAACCCUUAAAAAGUCAUAAAAAUAUGUCCGCUGUUAAAAAUGUUUGUGCAAAGAUUUUAAAAUAUUUAAGUAGUAAUGAAGAAUUAAGAAGUAAUUCCAAUGUCUAUGAUAUAUGCCGACUUUUAAAUUAUUGGGUAGCCACUAAAUUAAGUGCCAUUGGGUUUCUUAGUGAUUCUUCUUAUAUGAAAAAUGUUUUUUUGGACAUUUCAUUAAUAUGGAAUACGUACAUUGCAAAUGAAUUAAAUAAUGAUCAUCAUCAAACGUGUAACCCUCUUAUUAACGUUGUCACUAUACGUGACUGGAGAAUGAGGAAGGCAUUGUAUGAUUACUAUGUUGAUUAUGUUUACCUUGAUAAUAUGGCUAGUAUAAUACCAAACGCCGAUGAGUAUUGUAAAUAUAUUAGAAACAAAGUUUCAUUAUAUGAAUAUUUUGGCAGUAAAUGUUUCUCAGAUCAAACAGAUUUCUGCCAUGAAUUUAAAACUAAAUAUAAAGCUUGUGAUCCUAAUGAACUUUUACUUAAGUUUAAAUGUGUUAAAGAAGUAAAGAAGAAGAAGUUAUUAGAAGAAAGUCAAAGAAUAAAAACACACCAGGGUGUAUCAUCGGAAAGAAACAUAUCUGAACAAGAAAGGCAGUCUCCUGGUUUGUCAACAGAAGGAACACAUACUCUUAAGGAUUUACAGUCAAUAUCUAAUAGUUUUAGCCAUUUGAAAAAUGCAGGUGGUAUACUUCUUGGAAUCGUUGCUAUAUCUAUGACUUAUGUCUUUUUACAUAAAUUUACACCUUUAGGAAUAUUGAUCCAUAAUAAAUUUGCUAGUAAAAACUAUAAUAGAAGCAACAUAAAUUCUGAGUUUAAUAUAGCAUUUGAUUAUGCACAAGAAAUACAUAAUCCGCAUUACAACAUUAGAGAUGAACAUUAUAUAGGAUAUCAUUCAGAUUAA